AUGGAGGAAUAUAAUGUAGAUAAUGUUUUAAAAAAUAUUUUUGAUGUUACUGAAAAUAAUUGGAAAGCUUCUGAGAAGAUUCCUCUUGUAUCCAAAGAAAUAGAACAAUUAAAAAAUGAUUUCAAAUCAUUACUUGCAUCUACCGAAUAUGAUAUGACAUCAAUACUCCAAGAGAGUGUCGCUUUAUGUAAUGAGACACAGAGUCUUGCUGAGGAAUUGGAUUUAUGUAAACUAGAGAUAGAACAAGAGACGAUGGCUGAUGUUCUCAAAUCUCUGGCUAAACGAGAUGAGAUACAACAUGAACUAACAUCUGUUAAUUUUGCCAUUGAUGUAGUCCAUGAUGUCCUCCUUUGUGGGAACUUUGUGAAAGAGAUUGAAGACAGUAAAGAAUCACAGAGCUUCAGUAGAGCUAUAGAAGCUGUUUAUGAUCUCCUGCAGCACUCCGAGUCUCCAUCUGAAGGAUUUAAAUACCUAGAAGUGUACAACACUACAAAAUCCAUUGCUAAUUCUAUUAAAGACACAUUACUUACUGACCUGCUUACUGAGUGGACCCGUAUGAUGACAUGGAACAUUAAGGCAGGUACUCGCAAAACUGUUAUCACUAUAACAUUGUGCUUUGAUGAAUCUCUUGCCGUGGUCGAUAUCCUGAAUGCUCUUGAUAGAAGUGGAGCUUUAGCCGAUAGAGUAUCAGAAUUCGCCCAAUUUUUACUGAAAGAAGUUCUGGUACCAAUUAUACACACCGAGGUGACUGUUUAUGAUGAAACUCCUGAACUGAUGACUGUCACUAUAAUGCACAAAACGAAUUAUACACAAAGAUAUGAUGCUGUCAUAUCUAACUUAAGAUUACUCUUCCAUUACUUGAACAAUAAGCUGAAUGUUGACUUCAAGAGAGAUACAACAAUCAUGAGAAUGAUUGGUAAAGAGAUCAAUGCAGAAUUCAAAGAAAUACUCACAAGAGAUUGUCUGCUUGAUACCAUACCAAAUAACAUAAAUGAUUUGCAGACUUAUGGACGGAUCACUUCAGAAAUUGAAGAUUUUCAGAAUUUCUUAGUGUUAGUCAAGUUCUGUAAUGAGGACUAUUCAAUUUUGCAAUAUUUAGACAAUAUUGAUGUUUUGUUUGCAAAUAAGGCGAGCUUGCACUUCUUAGAGACUGCCAGGACUAUUAUGCUGAAAGAUUUGAGUGCUACAAUGUCCAUCGGAGUGGAGCAUGUUCCUAAUGAAGUGCUUGAGAUAAAGCCUGAUGAGGAAGGUGCUGAAGCUUUGAAAUUACUUGACAAAAUAUUUCCUAAGAGUUUGUUCUUCUUCCCGAGGUGCAUGAUAUCGAAGACAGCUCAAGAGUUAUUGGAUCUGUUGUAUGGAAUGAUGGAGCAAGCUGUGCAGUGUUCAGAUACAGUCUGCAAGAAAUUAUACAAUACCACAAGGCUGGUGUUUGAGCUGUACGAUGCUGUGGUGCCAUACCACCAUGAGAACUAUUUGCAAACUAUCCCUCAGUAUGUUGCGCUGUUCCACAACAACUGUAUGUUCCUCGCGCACAACCUCCAGAUAUUUGGCGAUAAAUGGCUGACUCUCAUGGAGGGACGAGAGUUGGACUAUCCCAUUGGCUUCGUUGACUUGGUGCAGAAAAUGCGCGACCUUGGCUACAAGCACCUCACCAUACACAUGCAACAACAGAGGAAACAGAUACUUGACAAUAUUAGGUCUUCCGAUCUCAACUGCAUCGUUGUGAAAGACGUGUUGAGUGAUAACGCGGAGGCUGCAAUUCGACAGUGCCUUCGACAAUUGCAUUUACUGAAGAAUGUCUGGAUCGGAGUCUUCCCAAAAAAUGUUUUCACAAGACUCAUGGCUACCCUAGUGAAUAUGUUCUUGGACGAGCUGAUCCACCGCGUGUGCACAGUGGAGGAUAUUUCCAUGGAGAUGGCCACACAACUGACUGAGAUGUACACUAUUGUUGUGCAGAAAGCUCCACAACUGUUCCAGGCUCCAACAGAUAUUGAAGAACAUGUAAAAUCCUGGAUUAAGCUCCAAGAGUUGAUCUUCAUACUAGGCGGGUCACUCAAAGAUAUUGAAAAUCACUGGAAGGACGGCACUGGCCCCUUAGCGGUACAUUUCAAGAAUGAAGAACUCCGCAGUCUCAUCAAAGCCCUGUUCCAAAAUACGCAGAUGCGUGCGAAUCUUCUAUCCAAAAUAAAGUAA